GCGCCACCAUCUGCGACAGUCGGCCUACCUUGGGACCCUUAUGUCAACGCGUCCUCAUGUGUCUCUCGGAGUGAAGGCAUUGGACCUGCAUCUGUCGUCGUUCGCCAAGACUUGCCAGGACAACAAGACGAAGUACGUGGAGGCGACGAUGUCUGGUAAACCCUUAGGGUCUCAUCAUCACCUCCAGCGUGUCUUCGUCCCGGCUGGCGAGAGGGAGGAGGCCAGUGAUGUCACCAAGAAAACCAACAGCCAGCUGUGUGGUCUGAUAGAGGACACCAUUGGGCGACUCCACGAUGCAGGUGCAGACGACCUUGCCGGUUCCCUGCGACGGGAGUACAUGAAGGACGUCAGGACUGGUACCAAGGCAGUGCUUCCGACUUUCCUCCAGAGGGCUGGUGAUACUUCGACAGCGGUGUUGGAGCAGGAGGAAUCUCAUGAACGUGCAGAUGAUGCACCCGGGCACUAAUUCUGCACCCAGACAGCCAGCUGUACAUCGUUUGCCAGACAGUACAUGUUUUCAGUUGUACAGUAUUAUCAAUUGUAUAUACAGAGCAACUUGUCGAUUAAUGUUAUGGGCUUUGUAACAGCGAUGGCAUUGUUAUGACUUAUUUGUGUGUACAUAAUUCACUAUUUUAUGAUUAGUAGUUUAAAUUCACAACUGUCAUUGUUAGUGGCUGUAUCCUCGAGGGGGGUUAAGGUACUGUAAAAUUAU